AUGUCCGAAUCCAUCCAUCGUGACUUGUUCUGUUCAUUCUGUCAACAGGACAGUACACAAGUCCGACGACUUCUUCAAGGCAGAGAAGCAAAUAUUUGCGUUGAAUGUAUUGUCCGGUUGUCAGCGUCCAUUGUAGAGAGUGCCGCCUGCUCAUUUUGUAGACGCGAUAACAACCAAGUCGAAAGGCUUUUUAAUGGACUUGACGCAAAUAUCUGUGAGAAGUGUCUUGCUGAGUGUAUUGUUGUUUGUAAUGACAUUCUCACUCGUGAACCGGAUGGUAGCCUUGACUUUUCUAUGGAGGAUUUUAAAAGUAGUGAUUCGAGCGAACAGGAAGGAUCUGCCGAAGAAAUUAAAGCAAAACUUGAUGAAUAUGUAGUUGGUCAGGAAGAUGCCAAAAAGACGUUAUCUGUUGCCGUUUACACGCAUUACAAACGCUUACAUCAUGGAAACACGACGGAUGAGAUUGAAUUAGACAAGAGCAACAUUUUACUUGUUGGUCCAACAGGCACGGGGAAAACGCUCCUCGCGCAAACCCUUGCUAAAGUGUUAGACGUGCCAUUCGCUAUUACCGAUGCAACAACGUUGACUGAAGCUGGCUACGUGGGUGAAGAUGUCGAAAAUAUCAUCUUGAAGCUGGUCCAAGCCGCAGAUGGUGAUGUCGCACGUGCCGAAACAGGCAUUAUUUAUAUUGAUGAAAUUGAUAAGAUUACACGAAAAUCUGAAAACCCGUCAAUUACCCGUGAUGUCUCCGGUGAAGGUGUUCAGCAGGCAUUGCUUAAGAUCCUUGAAGGAACAACAGCAAAUGUUCCACCGCGCGGCGGCAGAAAGCACCCACAUCAAGAGAUGAUUGAGGUGAAUACCAAAAAAGUGUUGUUCAUUUGUGGUGGAACCUUUAUCGGGUUAGAAAAUGCAAUUAAAGACAGGCUUGGAAAGCAGAGUAUUGGCUUCGGUUCGCCUAUCCAAUCCAAAAACAAAACAAAGAUUCAUGAAAUCCUCGCACAGGUAACACCGAAAGAUAUUAUUAAAUACGGUUUUAUACCGGAACUGAUAGGGCGACUUCCCGUUGUCACAACCCUUCAUGAGUUGGAUGCGCCAGCUCUCGUUAGCAUUCUCACUGAACCUAAGAAUGCUUUGGUGAAACAAUAUCAGUAUCUUUUGGCUUAUGAAGGUGUGCAAUUCCAUGUGACUGAUGAGGCGUUAACCGCCAUUGCUGAUGAGGUGAUUGAACGUGAAACCGGGGCGCGUGGGUUAAGGGCUGUUCUUGAAAGAAUUAUGCUUGAUACGCUUUAUCGUCUUCCUUCGCUUGACGAUGUUGAAGCGUGCCAUGUUACCGAAGACACCGUGCGUAAGAAUGAACCUCCGCAACUCGUUUAUAGGAAAUCCGAAGCACUUAAAACUGCUUAG